AUUGUCACCUCUUCGACGAGCACAGUAUCUCGAUCUGAUUCAACCUGAGUCGGCGGUGUUUCACGCGAAUACGCAAUAGUUGCGAACGUGGACAUACAUUACACAAGGCAUUGGCAUUUAGCAAUCGCUGUUUCUUCUCGCUACUCUUCAGUUCUUCAAUUAAGGGGGCACGCGAGACAAACGGGUCAAUCGUCGUCGACCAACGACGAUUCGCGCUUGCAUGACAUUCACGCCGGACUCGUCAUCGUCCAAAAAUACCGGCUGACGGCAGGAGAUCCCGGCUGAUCUACCAGGAGCGAGAGAUCGCGCAUCGAUCUGAUUGAGAGCUAAGCGAUAACUCGUCACGUCCACUUCGGCCACGAUGGACAAGACGAAGCUGGUCAGCAACGACCUGGAGCUGCCGCCGUUGCGCAGCCUGGACGACUUCUUGCUGGAAUCCGCGCGCUUCCAGAUCCCCAACAUCAAGGACCUGGAGAAAUGGGGCAACCGUGUGGUCAACAAUCUUCUGUACUACCAGACCAACUACCUGUUCAUGUCUGUCGUCAUCUUCCUUAUUGUCGGAUUGCUUCAUCCAGUUAAAAUGCUAGUUGGUAUGUUGGCAAUGAUGGCGAUCUUGGGUGUGUUUGCGUACGUGUCCAUGGAGGGAAGCAUGGUACACAACUUUAAGAAGCAAUAUCCAGUGGUUGGAGUAUUAUUCAUAGUAUUUGCUGGAUGCUUCAUAACGUACACUCUGGGAUCUCUCGUGGUUUUCUUGCUGGGUAUCUUGUUACCCUUUUGUGCGAUAUUCAUACACGCCUCGCUGAGAUUAAGGAACAUAAAAAAUAAGAUCGCCAACAAGAUCGAAGGUAUUGGCCUGAAACGUACGCCGAUGGGCGUGUUUUUGGGACAUCUCGAAGACGUUACUGGUAUGACCUUGCGCGCACAGACAUCUCUCAUGCAACCGCCUCACUAAUAUCCUGCUUUGCGCAUCGAGUUGCACAGUGAACUGACAAAGAUUAAUGUUGAUAAUGAUUACUGUUUGUCGGCAUCGCUAUUCUAAUCGGACCGCAGUCUCUCGCGCAGUACAUCGUGGUGAGAGUGUUUCUUCUUAACAGACUACAAAAUGAGAAACAUUGAGGUUUGCAAGGUUCUCCGACUGAAUAAAUUGAAUACUUAUCUGUGAUUUGGUAUUGAAACCUGCGUUAAUGCGAUUUCUAAUCGCCGCAUAAUAUUGUUCGAUGAAGUUGAUAAGCCAACAGAUUAUUCAGCAAUACCAAAUAUCGAACUUAUACCAAAAGUUGUUUAAACCAAAAGAUUGUUUAUUAUUUUACCUCGAGAUAAUUAUUUUAGGGCUGUCUUAAUCGAGGAUGUGCAUAUUUUUGAAUGCCAUACACAGCUCUAAGUGUGCUGAAUAUAUAUAUGUGAUAUUUAAAAUCAGGAUUAUUGACUCUACAUCUAUAAUAUAUGAAAUACGAUAUUUUGAAUUGAUUUGUAUAUAUGUAUGUAUAUAUUGGAGACAAGAGUAAUAUAUAAUUAAGACGCAUAGCAUGUUGUUUUUACAAGAAUGUUGAGUUACCUCGUUUUUACUAAUUUGAUGUAUUUUAAUGUAUACACGUUGCGUCACCUAAUCCUGUAAAAAUAUUGAUUAUAUACAUAUAUAGAAUAAACGAUACAUCUAUAAUUUUAGAGAACCCUCUAUGUAACGCAUGGAUAUGUAUAUUCACGUACUUAUAAAUAUUCAAUAUCCCUGUUAUCAUUAUAUAAGCAUUACAAUAAACUAUGCACCCUAUUGACAGUU